AUGGUCUCGCAAGGAACACAGACUUUCCCGUCAGCAAGCAACUCUUCCUCAGCGCUAUACGACCCCGACGACCCCGAGUUUCUCGAAAUCCUCCAGUCCGCCGUUCUAUCGGGCGAUGACAUCCCACAAACUACCGCCGGCAAUGAUGGAAAGGGUAGCGAUGGUGUCUCUAAGAAGUCGAAUCCAGCCGAACCUGUCAAGACCAGAGGCAAGAAGCGCGAAAGGGAGGAAGGUGAUACGCACGCGGGUGGAAGAGAUGUCAUCACAUUUGAUGACGGUACCGAGGUCUAUGGAGAGGCUCACUUCGGCAACUUCGGCGAGUACAUGCGACGCAAGCGCGCAAAGCUUCAGAUACAGAAUGCGCAGAUGAUAGGGAAGAAGGACGGGGUGAAGAGCGGGAUAUUCACUGGGAUAGCGAUAUAUGUCAAUGGAUAUACCACGCCAUCAGUCCAAACUUUGCGCAAGCUAGUCAUAGAAUAUGGGGGCGUGUUUCAGCCCUACCUAGACGCAAAGGGCAUAGUGACGCACAUCAUUACCUGCUCCUUGACCCCCGCCAAGGUUCGCGAGUUCAAGAACAUGAAGGUCGUGAGACCCGAAUGGAUCACGGAUAGCAUCAAAGCGGGGACGCUACUACCUUGGCGUGAUUACAUCUUCCAGGCCAGCGGACAGGGUCGAGCGCUGGUGACCCAAGGGGCGAAGAACACCCAGCAGCAGCGAUCGCUGGAAGAGACGUCCACUCAGGCUCAGAAUCAACCAAAAGCAUCCUCUACAGGCAUCGCUGGUGCAGGGGCAGUCCCUGCUACUGCAGCGUCGAAGGCACCUAAACCACUCCAGCGUGAGGCGGCAUCUACAAGAGCAGGUCCCUCGUUAGUGUCAAGGUCAUCAACAUCUCCUAUCAAGACGAGCGCAGCAACAGCUGGUCCCUCAAAGACGGCUCCGCAAGACCUGGACUCACUAUUCACCACCGACCCUGCCCGUGAGGCUGACGCGCGUCGCGUCCCCGGCUAUGCGACGCACGAGUCCAAUCUCAAUGCUCAACGCGUGAUGGCCGAUCCGGCAUGGCGCGCUGCGCACACAUCGGCCGCGCCCGACUUCAUCGAGGGCUACUACAAGAACUCGCGCCUGCACCACCUUUCGAGCUGGAAGGCCGAGCUUCGCUCGUUGGUCGCGCAGGCACAGGAGAGAGCUGAGCGAGACGGGUUCGCUAUUGGACUGGAGGGGACCGCUGCUGAAGACACAGAAGAUACUAUCAUGGCCGAUGUCGAUGGUGCGGGAGGGGGCGGUGACUCAGGUGGCGGAGGCGUGAGCAUGAUGGGUGCUGAGCUUGUGCUUCGGUCACCCAGCAAGAAGAGCAAGGGGAAGGGGAAGGAAAUCGGACGCGUCAUCAUGCACUGCGACUUUGAUGCGUUCUUCGUCUCGGCUGGGCUUAUCGAAAGGCCUCACUUGCGUGGGACACCUGUUGUUGUUUGUCAUUCGCAGGGUGGGCAGGGUGGAGGGUCUAGCACCAGCGAGAUUGCUAGUGCGAGCUACGAGGCGCGGAAGUUUGGAAUUAAGAGCGGGAUGAGUCUGCAACAAGCGAGGAAGCUGUGUCCGGACGUGCAAACUAUGCCUUAUGAGUUUGAGAAAUACAAGCAGAUUUCUCUUCAGUUUUACACCAUCCUCAUGCGGUAUGCAAACGACUUACAGGCCGUUUCCGUGGACGAGGCUCUUGUUGAUGUCUCCACGGCGGUGGCUACGCUCAGAGGAGAUCUCACUCGUUCCGGUGCUCCGGGUAGCGCUACAAGGGACUACGCGAAGGAGUUGGCUGAGACUAUCAGGUCAAAGGUCAGACGACUCACGGACUGUGAAGUGAGCGUUGGUAUCGGCGAGAACAUCCUUCUCGCCCGCCUCGCAACCCGACGCGCCAAACCCGCAGGGUCCUUCCAUCUACACGCGACCGAUGUCUCCGAAUACCUUGCCCCCCUCGACAUUCGUGACUUGCAUGGCUUCGGAUAUCACCUUCGUCAGAAAGCUCAGCAAAAGCUCGGCGCGACAGACCUAGGCACACUCAUGAAGAAGAGUAAGGGACAGCUAUGUGCAGCGCUCGGCCCUGGUACAGGCGAGGUGUUGUAUAAAGCGCUAAGAGGUGUGGACGAAAGGCCGCUGGAGUCGGAUAAGCCGAGGAAGUCGGUUUCGUGCGAUAUUAAUUACGGCAUCCGCUUCCAGGAUGUCCAACAGGCUGAGGCGUUCAUCCGAAAUAUGGCAGUGGAAGUUUCCCAUCGGUUGGAUGCUAUUAACAUGCGUGGUCGAUCGUUGACACUCAAGAUCAUGAAGCGCGAUCCCAGCGCUCCUGUCGAAGCCCCAAAGUUCCUUGGCCAUGGUCUUUGCGAGACCUUUAACAAGCAAGCGCCACUCGGUGACGCCCAAGGACGCGCGACCAGCUCUCCAGAGCACAUAGCAGAACAAGCCUUGUGUCUGUUGAAAGCCCUCGCGUUUGAUCCGAAGGAGCUACGCGGGGUCGCGAUACAGAUUACGAAACUCGAGAGUACGUCUGGUGGCGCCACCAGCGCUGCUCCUGGCCAGGGGAAACUGCUGUUUCAGCCGAAUCAGAAAGCGGGAUCUGUCAGUCCUACGAAACCUAUGGAUGGAGCUCCAACUGCUUCGACAUCCAAGACAUUUCCACAGCAACAGCAGCAGGCGCGCUUCAAGACUCCUCCGCCUCCGCCUCCUCGUCAACCGAGCCCUGAAGCCAAGCUGCCACCAAAUCAAGGUAAUCAAACUACAAACGAGUUUGAUCUGCCCUCUUUCUCGCAAGUUGAUCGAUCCGUCUUCGAUGCUCUACCUGCGAGUAUUCGGAGUGAGCUCAAUUCCGAGUACGAGCGCCGUUCUCGCUCGCGGUCCGUCUCUCGCCCUAGAUCACCUUUCACUGGGGCAUCAGUGUCUCCUGAAAAGCGUUCGACAGGCUUACUUCCUCCGGCUUUUGGUGCAGGUGAUCCUAUAAAACCGCGUAUCUUCGUCAAAGGUAUCAAGCCGAAUGUAAACGUGAAGCAGAUUACCCGUCAGCUCAGACCGCAUAAUCGCACCUCCAUCUCUCCACGCAAGAACAGCCUUUUUGCUCCCCGUGGUCGGGGCGGCGGCGCGAGCACCCGCGGUACCGGUUUUUACGGCAGAGGAAGAGGCACAAGCUUCAAAAGAGGCGGAGGCGGCUACAUCGGCUGGGUCACACCCCCGAAGAAGAACCGUGGCGUGAAGUCGCUCGCUCCAACGGACGACGAGCUGCGCGCGCUCGCCAUCGAGCCGGAGGUGUACCACGCGCUCCCGUACAACGUCCAGCGCGAGCAGCUCGUCACCGCCCGUCACCUCGCAGCGGGCGGGGAGAUCGAGGCGCCGCGCGUGAUCAAGGACCGGAAACGCAAGGUGCGCGCGAUCCCGAAGAUGCCGCCGCCGUAUGGGAAGCACGAGGAGAGGCCGACGCUCAAGAGGCAGGUCGUUGUUGUCAGACCGGAUGGCCCGGACGGCGAGAAGAAGAAGGAGGAAAAGGUCAAGGUGGCUGUGGGCGAUGUGGGCGAUGUGCUAGGGAUGCUCGAUGUGUGGGUGAAGGGGUGCCAGCAUACGAUGCCGCAGGACGGGGACAUCGAGCGGUUUGGCAAGUUCGUUGAGCGGUGCGUGGAUGCUGGUGACAACGGGAUGCAGAGGGCUGUGAAGGUCCUCAGGGGCUGGCUUGUGAUCCUCCGGCGGGUUUGGGGUAUAUAUGAGAACAUUGAGUUACUGGAGGACAGCGAGGAUGAAGAUGACGACGAUGUUUUCAAGGUCGGCAAUACGGAGGAUGAGGCGCGGGCUAAGGCUUGGUGGGAGGCAUUUCAAACGAUUAAGACGCGCGCAGAUGUUGCGGCGAGGAAACGGUUUGGUGGGAAGCUCUCGAUCGCGUGA